ACACGAGAUGGCCCAUUAAAAAGCUCAAUUAUCCAACAUUCCGUCAACCUCACGCUUGAUCCAAAUCAAAAUCCUACUAUAAAGGUUUUUUAUAUCGCCCAUGUCAUUUCUGCCUUAAACAAACUCCGUCGCUCUCCUCCGACCUCUCAUCCUUCUCCGAUCAAUGGCUCCAAAGAAGGCACAAGCUCCACCUCCAUCUUCUAAGCCAGCAAAAUCUGGUGGUGGAAAGCAGAAAAAGAAGAAGUGGAGUAAGGGAAAACAAAAGGAAAAGGUGAACAACAUGGUAUUGUUCGACAAGGCUACAUACGAUAAGCUGUUGUCUGAAGCUCCUAAGUACAAGCUCAUCACUCCUUCUGUCCUCUCCGAUCGUCUUAGGAUUAGUGGAUCACUUGCUAGGAAGGCAAUAAGAGAUUUGAUGGGUAAAGGUUCGAUCAGGAUGGUAUCUGCUCAUGCUAGCCAGCAGAUUUACACUAGAGCUACCAACACGUAAUAUGCAUUAAUUCAUUUGCUUAUAGAGCUCUUGUAGGGCCUUCUUGCUUUAGACAUGUCUAAGCUUAAUUUGGAAGGUAUCAUGACAUAUGGAUUUCGGCUAUUUUGAGCAAUGGUUUUGAUCGCAGUUACUUCUUUUACUA